CAGUGCAUCGCGCCCCUUCUGCACGCAUCUCUUUCUCUCUCUCUCUCUCUCUCUCGCACUCUCUGCCUCUCAGCAAAGGGAGAUAUCAGCGGCACCACUGUCACUUUCAAACGACCACACAGGGACAUGUACUGACGCGGAGGACGCAUCGAAACCUGCUCUCCAAGGCGGCAUAUUGAUUCAAGCAUCACUUUGGUGGAUUAUUAUUUAUUGUCAACAAAAAAAGUCAACGAUGGAGGAAUCCAGCUCACAGAAGUUGGUUUGGGACGGCGACGCUAAAGCCGUGCAGCAGUGUCUAACCGAUAUAUUCACCAGUGUCUACACCACAUGUGACAUUCCGGAAAAUGCCAUUUUCGGGCCUUGUGUUUUGAGCCACACGUCGUUGUAUGACAGCAUAGCCUUCAUAGCGCUCAAAUCAACGGACAAACGAACGGCGCCAUACAUAUUCAGGGUGGACACCUCAGCAGCCAACAGCACGUCUGAGGGCUUGAUGUGGCUGCGGCUCGUGCAGUCGGCGCGGGACCGGGAGGAGCAGAACCUCGAGGCCUACGUGAAGAACGGUCAGCUGUUCUACCGGUCUCUCCGGAGGAUCGAGAAGGACGAGGAGCUGUUGGUCUGGUACGGGAAAGACCUGAUUGAGCUGCUGCUGCUGCUCAGCGCCGGUAAAGCUCCGGUCAAGGCCAAGGGGUCGGCUCCCUAUUCGUGUCCUGACUGCAACCAGCGCUUUCAAUUUGAGUUCCCUUUCCUCGCCCACCUGAGGUUUCGCUGCACCAAGAGACUACAGAGCAUGGCGGCGGGCGAUGUGGACGAGGAGGUCCCCAGUAAGGAGCCAAGCACCGAGCGCCCUAACCCCAACCUUACAACUACCACACCCACCAGGGCAAGCCCUAAACUGGGUCGCUCGGAGGGGGACAACGCCAAACCCUCCACAGACUUCCAUAACCUAGCCAGGGACCUAGAGAACAGCCGGACUAGCCCACCCAGCGACCGCGAGGCUGAGAUACGCAGCGAGAGCUCUGGGAAGAGGAAGUUCUCAGAGGUAGAGGACAGGGAUAGAGAGAGGGACAGGGAUGGUAGCAGGGCCUCUCUGAGUCUGUCUCAGUCCCUCAAGUCUAAGGAGGAGCUGGCUAGCUCGGCACAGAACUACCGGGGAGCCUACGGCCUGGAGGAGAACAGACGAGGGCCUACGUUCUCCCCACCAGGGUCGGGAUCCACUGAGUCAGGUGGUGAGGGUAAACGCAGCGCCUUCACCGAGGUCAAGAAGUCUCCACAGAGCCUAAAGACGCACGGUAACAGCAGCACCAAAAACCUCCAGAGCUCCAACGCCGAAAACAAGGACGGAGGUCGGCCCGGCCCCGUCAACAACCCUCCCCAGGAGAAGCAUCUCAACAUCAGGCAGGUUCUGUCAGAGACUCAGCCUGUCCAGCCACAGACCCGCAUGGAGGCCUCUCCACUAGGGAGCGCCUUCACCUCCGUAGCCCAGCAUGGUGGGGGGAACAGCGGGGAGAGGAAGAGCGCAUUCAGCCAACCUUCCCGCCACGCUACCUCCUCCUUCUCCCAGAUCUCUCCUCUGGUCAUGACCACGCCCAAACUCCUGGACUGCCACCCGGCGGUGGGCGACACCAUCUCCUCCUCUAGACUCUACCAGGCAGACCACCUGGCCGCCAAACUCCACGGCGCCGAGCUGAGCACCAACUGCCCCGUGCCGGGCGCCAUGUCCAAGCAGAGUCCGUUCCUCUACGCAGCGGCUGCUGCCACAGCCUUCUGGCCUAAGAGCCAGGGCCCCAUCCAGCUGCAGAUGCCCUCAGCAUUAACCUUACUCCCCCCCUCCUUCACCUCUCUGUGUCUGCCCGCCCAGAACUGGUGCGCCAAGUGCAACGCCUCCUUCAGGAUGACCUCUGACCUGGUGUAUCACAUGAGAUCGCACCACAAGAAGGAGUUGGCCAUGGAGCCGAUGGUUAAGAGGAGGCGUGAGGAGAAACUCAAGUGUCCAAUCUGUAACGAGUCAUUCAGGGAGAGGCACCACCUCUCGCGUCACAUGACCUCCCACAACUGACCUUUAGAUCAAUAGCAAACCGUUUUCACACUGCUAGGCCAAGCUGAACUGAGCCAAGCUGAACUGAGCCAAGCUGAACUGAGCCAAGCUGAGCUGAGCCAAGCUGAGCUGAGCCAAGCUGAGCUGGGUUACGGACUUGCAUCAGAUGAAGGAAACCUUUUCCACAAAGGACACUGUGUAAAGAAAAGACUGUAGCCGAGCCAGCACAGUAUGGCUCGGUCAUCCAUGAAGUUACUGGGACAGAGCAUAAAGGACAAUUGGAAGAUAAUAUACCCGAGCCAAUUCAGCACAGUACGGUUUGGGUCGGCAAUAUAGUGGGAAAAGGUUAUCACAUCACUGACCAUGGGGAGGAACUUUUUUACCAUCUGGUAAACAGACAUGGAAUUACUAACUGACUGACUGACUGACUGACUGACAGGCUGACUGGCUGACUGGCUGGCUAGCUGACUAGCUGACUGGCUGACUGACUGACUGACUGACUG